AUGACUAACGCUCGGACGAGGAUUCAGACGCCGAUUACGGCUCGGACGAGUCUACUCGACAUGUCGCUGCCGCUAACGACGCUGAGCGCAGGGCCGCAGCCGAUGGAACGUUCGCCCGCUCUGACAACCGACGCUUCAGGAACGGAGGAAGCCCGUCCAACCGCGAACGAGAUGGCCGUCGCCAGUAUGGGCCGUGUGCACGACGCUGGGAAGUGCGAAGCACUCCUCGACCUCGCCAAGCUCCUGAAGUCCAAGUUCGACAAGAAGGAUCUGUCGCCACAGCUGCAAAGCCUGUUAGCUGAGCCUGCUAUUGAUGCGGACUAUCUGUUCGCGUUCAAAGGCGAAAGCAAACGGCCUGACGACCUGAAGAACAAUGAUCGUAACAAUGAUCGUGUGAAACCGACGGAAAAUGGAGAGAACCGAGACGCAAGUCUCGUUGAGACCGGUAUUGAUGAAGAUGAAGAUGAUGAACGUGAUGGACACCCGACCGAGGCUUUGAUUACAAGUCUAACCCAGCACCUCGGAGCCUUGUUCGGGCGGUGCAAUUACUGCCCGCGAUACGACAAGAGGAAGCGAAUGAGAGCUUUGGUCAAUGGCGCCGUGGACGACGCGCGAACGAGGCUACGCCUUGAUACUGGAGCGAAUGUUAGCGUGACUUCUGCCAGCUUCGCGAAGCGGCUACGUACCCGGCGACGGGCGCUCGUCAAGAUCACUCUCGGGUGGGAGCAGGCAGACGAGUUCGAAAUGUGGAUAAUUGACCACAGUGCCGGAGUGGAUGUGGUCCUUGGGAUGGACUUUAUGAUUCCGACUGGAAUCCGGCUGGAUCGGUUCCAUGGCACCGCACGCCUUCCAGACGAGGUCAUGGUACCACUGCCGAAGCCGCAGAGUGUUGGGGAUGACGAACCUUACGGUACGCAGCCUUCGUGUGGGCCGAUCGAGGAUUUAUACGUCCCCGGUCGCGAGUGGCAAGAGUUUCGACUGCCGCGCCAGCGGCAACUUCGUUCGGAGUACGAUGUGUGGGUACGGCGCACGGGAAAGCUUGUGCCGACCUGUCCCAAGCACGACUCCGUGGUGCUCUGGGUACCGCAUGGUGAACUACCGCGAGAGACCGGCUACGCGAGGCUCUCCCAAGGCUCGGCCAAGGUUAUUGAGCCUGGCGCAGACGACACAGAACGUGAUGGUAUAACCAACGACGGUUCGGACGACGAGGCGAGUGCACGGACCGACUCCGACGCACUGGAAGGGUCGUCGCUUCACCGAGCGUCCUAUACAUCCAAGCGCACCGAUCAUAACGCCUAUAGCAUCGAACAUGGGGCACAGGAAGCCCCGGCCGAGGUGUCAGGAGCCGGAGCCAAGCGUGAUGAUGGUGUUGGAGAGCUGAACGACGAUUCGGGAGAAGAUCAUGACGCGCCAGAUGUAACAGCAGCGGCGGAAUCCGCCCCGCGGAUGGCCGGAACAGCGACGGAUACGAAAGCACGCCCUGAACCAGAUCAAACGUCGGUCGCGUGGGGCAACGCCACUAUCGACUGGGGUGAACAUGAUCCUGGAUCGAACGACAUUUUAACUGAAGCAGGAACCGCCACGACCGAGGUUAGUACCGAUGGAGAAAACUGUGUCGAUGGCCCGGACAAAGAGGACCCAGAAAGACUAUUGGAGGCGAAUUACACCUCGGUCGUACAUGCGAUGGUUGCGGAAGGGUUCCCGGAGGAUGAUGACACCGCGAACGAGAUAUAUCUCAGCGACUACGCGCAGGAUGGUGGGCUGGCAAAGGUUUGGAAGUGGAACGGACCUGAGAUGACGUACCUAAGCGCAGACGAACACCGUUCGAUUGUUCGUUUGGGUGAUGACCUGCACGAGUGGCGAACGCAGCACGAUGGUUACCCAGCUCGCGAUGGUAGACGAAUGAAGCUACUGGAAACGAUGAUUGAACUGCCUUCACGAUGGAGUGGCAUGUCUGCCUCGAUCAACACCCCAGCAGAUGAAACGAACAAGGAUGAAGCUCAAGGAAGGGUGACCGAGGAUUCGAGUGCCGAUAUUAACGUGGAAAAAGGUCGCGCCUGUGCGCCGGACCUCGACUUGAGACGAUGUAUGGAUUUGAUGAUGAAGUUGAGAUAUGAGUGGAUCUGGGACCGCUACGCCCGACAACUACGUUUCGUUCAAGGCGGUGGUGCCUGA